AUGAGCCCUCAAGGAAUCACCCGCAAACGACCAGCGCCUGGCACUUCCCCCAUUGUUCACCCUCAGCUGGGCCCGCUCGCGAAUUUCCCCCAAAAUCCCGGUAACCAGCUGUCUAACGACCAGUUCUUACAAUGGGGCCAGAAUACUUCGUCCAACGUGUCCAGUCCGUCUUACCCCGAUGCGAGCACGUACAACCCGUCCGCCUACACCUCGAGUCCAGAUGUCCCGGCUUCCACCGUAACUGCUUCGGGCCAGCUGGCUCGCCGCCAAACCCCUACCCAGUUGGUCAACCGCAGUCGCGCGUAUGAUCAGACGUCGGGUUCUUUCUCAGACCACGGCAAUGGUCCUGGAGAGUCGGGGGGAUGGGGGGAGAGCCUCACUGAGUUGUAUGAACGCGCGAUGGUCGCGAAGCGAGAGGCGCAGGCCAAACGGAAACAAAUUCCGCCUUUCGUUCAGAAGCUAAGCAGUUUCCUGGACGAGUCCAAGAACACCGAGCUGAUUCGGUGGUCGGACGACGGCAAUUCGUUCAUCGUCAUGGACGAAGAUGAAUUCGCAAAGACGCUGAUCCCGGAGCUUUUCAAACACAACAACUACGCUUCCUUCGUUCGCCAGUUGAACAUGUACGGCUUCCACAAGAAGGUUGGACUCUCGGACAACUCGAUGCGCGCAAGCGAACGGAAGAAUAAGAGUCCCAGCGAAUACGCGAAUCCAUACUUCAAGCGCGGCCAUCCCGAUCUAUUGUGGCUGAUUCAAAAACCUAAAAAUGCAGCUGGCCAGGGCAGCAAAUCGGGCAAGGGCAACGUGCGGGUCAAGACGGAAGAGAUUGAGGAGAAUGAGAACGACGAGUACGGUGACGAUGGCAUGGGGCCCGCACGAGAAGAUCGGCCGCGCAACCGCCAACUGUCCCUCAUUACGGGCAGCCUCAUGCCAAAGGAUCAACUCGCGGGAGUCUAUAGAGAGUUGCAAGCGAUUCGCCAACAACAGCAAAUCAUCUCCAACACCAUCACCAAACUACGGAGAGAACACGAGCAACUGUAUGCGCAGGCAGCCAACUUCCAAGAACAGCAUACUCGGCACGAAAACUCCAUCAACGCGAUCCUGACGUUCUUGGCGACUGUCUACAAUCGCAGUCUCCAAGGGCAGGAAGGGCCGCAGAACCUGGCAACUUCGUUUGCUGGGGCAAUUUCUCAGGAGCAAGGCAAUGUUGUUGACAUGGACGACUAUUCGCUCGGCUCUUUGGGGGCAUCCGACUUGAACAGCCCCCCCGGACCGCGGUCUUUGAAGAAGCAGCAGCUCUUGCUCAAGGCUCCUCCCGGGCCAGAUCGCCAGAGCCGUGCGGCGACCCUGUCUCCUGCCUCCACCACCUAUGAACGUUCACACUCGCGCGGGCAUGGUCGGCAAGCCAGCGUCUCUCAGUCGGGUCAUGUCGAGGAGGUAUAUGACAAUAGUCCCCGGCAGAAGGAGGCACAGCCGCCGGGGUCCCAUGCUCCACAACGGGACAUCAUGUCAGUCAUUCAGAAUUCCAAUGCACGAAACGGUAUGCCAACGAGUUUUGCCGACUUUCCGAAUGUGCUGUCAUCGCUCGAGACGUCGGGCGGCAACUCGCCGCUCACUCCCAGCCAACGUGCAGACAUGCUUCGCCUCAUGGCCCAUGAGACAGGCUCGGGUGGAGUCAAUGGUGCGGUGUCUCCAAACAACGCCCUGGUUACACCGACGCCUCCCCCGAUGCCGCAUAACUAUUCGGGCCGGUUGGCCAAUACACGGGCCGAGAUCGACAAUCUGGUCAAGAUGCAGGCCGAGCAAGAUCGCUCCGUGCAGAACUUGACCAAUCUCUUACAACCGCUCAGCCCUACGGGCACCAUCCCCGGAAUCAGCAUAGAUGGCAGUGCCCCCCCUCCCCCACUUGAUCUUGAUACUAUUUUCAAUAACGACUACUUCACGGAUAUUGGAGACCUUGAACAUAAUAAAGCUAGCUUAGGGUAUGGCGAACCGGCCGGAACCGUGCCAGCCACGACCGCGGCCGAUCCGGUGGUUACCGCCGGUCCCACCGAUGGUGGUCUCAAGGACGCGAACGAGCUGUUUGACUUUGAGAACCUACCCGCUGACAACGAUCUUUUUGGCGGAACCAACCCGCCAUCGCACAACCCCGGAUUCUACCACGGGUUCGAUGGGAGCGGGUAUGGUGGGAACGAUCUUCAUCCCGGCUUUGGGCCGGAUGGGUCACUCUCGAACGGCAAAGACUCCAAUAGAAUCGAGUCUUUGCCUGACAGCGAUGCCACUAGCCCCGCCAACACGGUGGACGAGAGCCUGCAAUACGGUGGACUAGAUACGGGCAACGAUUCUCAGGGAGGUAAGGGACUCGGUAGCGGCGUGAAACGGCGCAAGAAGGCUUGA